UCCUUCUCCUCCACUUCCCCUUCCCUUCCCCUCCCCUCCCCUCCACUUCCUUCAAUUCUUCUUCUCCAAAAACCAGAACCCUUCUUCUUCUUCUUCUUUUUAUUUAUUUUAUUUAUUUUAUUUUUUAUUUUUUUAAAUUCUGCUUUCUUUCUUAUAAAUUACAAGUAUGUCUUUGGGGAAGAGGUCACGUGCUCCCAUCAGAAAAACGCCGAGCAUGACUGAGAUCACCUUCGAUCUGGGUGGUACUGGUUCCGCCGCCGAACAAUUCCCCCCAUCUCUCGGUUAUCCAACUAACACCCAAAUAUCAGGAUACCAACAAAUGGUUUCCCCAAGAAAUUUCAGAAGGCAUUCAGUUGAUCUACAAGAAAAUGCUAAUUUCCUCAGAGCUUGUUCUCUUUGCUCUCGCCCUCUUGUUCCUGGUCGAGAUAUUUACAUGUACAGGGGAGACAGGGGAUUCUGUAGCGAUGAAUGUAGGCAAAAGCAAAUGAAGCAAGAUGAGAGAAUGGAGAAGUGCAGUUUAGCAACAAAGAAAGCGGCAGCAGUGGGUGUAGCGGUGGUAUCUACAUCGGCUGGUGUUCCACCUCAGAUCUCCGGGAAGGGUGAAACCGUAGCUGCUUCAUAGUGUUGUUGUAUUGUACCUCUCUAUCUAUGUUCUUCCAAGUGAUAUUAUUCCCUGAAAAAAUUCAUCCCUAUUUUCCAAAAGUAUUUUAUUUUUCUUUCUUUUAUUAUUGGGAAUGGAAAUGGGAUUAAUUCCUUUCAACAAAUUAAAAAAAAAAAAAGAAAAAGAAAAAGAAAAAAAAAGGAUCGAUUUUUGAUA